UUUAUGGAGGCUGUGGAUCAGGCCCUGGCCCUCUGCAGCGAAGACGGCGGCCCACCUCACGUCAAAUUGGUACUCGAGUGGUCGGAAGAAUCCAAAAAAGAGAUUAUAGGCGACGACCACGAUCUCAUUGAGGAGCACGCUAGCGUGAAAGUUUUAAGGGCACAAGCCUUACAAGGAGGUGCACCUUUAACUCUAGAGGAGUGUCUGCGUGAUUAUACCGAAGCAGAAACUUUGACAGACGCUUGGAGGUGUCCACAUUGUCAGCAAUACCAACCUGUAGUAAAAACGCUAGACGUUUGGUCUCUACCUGAUAUAUUAGUGGUCCAUUUUAAACGAUUCAGACAGCAAAGUUUGCGAGGCUGCAACAGCACCAAAUUAACCUCGAUGGUAGACUUCCCUGUAAACGGUCUGGACAUGUCUCCGCAUCUGGCAAACAAACGGAACGCAAACUUGAACCGCAACGGACCCUUAAACGAUUCCGACAACUCCAUGAUCAUAAACAACACUUGGUCUCCAUGGAAAAGAUCCAGAAAGCAAUCGUCUUCCGAGGACAACUUGUACGAUCUCUACGCGGUCUGCUAUCAUCACGGAACGGAUUUGGAAACCGGUCACUACACCGCAGCCUGCAAGAACUCCUACGACAACACGUGGUACUUGUACGACGACGCCAAAGUCGACUCUCUCAGCAAGAACGAAGAAGACAUGAACUCCUUGUUGGUCAACAACAGUGCCUACAUCCUGUUCUACCAGAAGCGCAACGGCGCCUACGUCGGCUCCAGCUGCAACUCCAGCAGCGCUGCCAGCACUUCCUCGGUGGGUUCCAGUUUGGAUCACUGGGUUGCGAGGAUGCCGCGCUACACGCCUCCCAAGACGGCCAGAGUGGCAACCGUGGAAAGGCCCAAGCCGGUUGUUAACGUCAACGGCAACGACACGAAGGCUGAUGAGGAUGAGGUGGCGGAGAGGGGGAAUUCCGGAAGUAAUGUUAGUUUGCGGGUGAAUAGUGCGGUGGAGAAGAAGGAAGAGUGCGCUGCGGUUGAAAUAGUGUCUUCCACCGACUGCGAAAAAAACGCGUCGAAUCUCAGCAUCACCAGGCACUCCCUGGACUCCGCCAACCGGAAGUCCGUAAACUCCCUCAACAGCACCGGAAGCAACAACAACCGGAGGUCGCACGACGCCCGCGACACCGUCGCCAUCGAAAACAUGCGCAACUCGCCCACUCUGUCGCAUCUGAGCGACAAAAAACCCGUCUACACGACGAGCAUAUACAUCAACUCGACGGGAGACGGUAGCAUGAGAAACUCGCCCGUGUUGAGCAUGCAUCGGAUAGAUGGCGCGCUGGAGCAACCGGAAGACGACGUCAAAAGAAGAGAAGUCAGGCCGGAAGUGACUGUGUACACGACUACGGCUGCUGUCCAUAGGUAUUCCGAUAUGAGUCCGAGGAUUAGCAGUAGCGUGUCAAGGACGCAACUGAACUGGAUGUCUCCUCAGCCAGCUCGAAAGUUGAACACAUCACAGCAGUCAGUGUAAAUAACCAUAUGUAUAUUGAGACAAAAAUUAAGACUCCCCUGUAUUUAUGUAAAUAUUUAUAAGCACACAUACACUUUUUGAUUAGAAGUUACUUGGAACACUGUUGCCUUUUUAGCAAUAUAUAUGCACCCCAGAGCCAAACUGUAUUAAGUCCACUUUUUUAAAUUUAAGAGUCAAACAGGAUUAAGUGCGGGCUUACUUAUUUUUUUUAUAUAUCAAAAACUAAGUAAGCCAGGACCUCAUU